AUGAAGGGGAUUCCGCCCACAGUUCUAUCGCAACAGCAAUUCGGUCUGCCGGAAAUAAUUAUAUACCAGCACAGUUCAGUUAAACUUAGACUCGCUAGAAGAAAUUUUCCGUACACGGUUUUUGAAAUGACCACCGAAGAAUUACUUGAUUAUAAAUCAUUGGCUGAAAAAAUCCGCCUUCGCGUGACUAGAAAACUGGACUCUGGAUGCAUGAACUUCACCUACGAUCCACAAGAAUUUGCUGUUGUUAUGGACAUGGUGAUGGACGGAAACUUGGUAUUUUCGACAGAACUUUCAGCGAAAAAUCCGCCGCCACUAUGCAUCCCGCUGCCCAUUCCUUACAUUCCCAUCCAGGUAGAGACGUGUGCAAAAUUAUUCGACAUAUAUACUCCGGGACAGAACUUGCAUAUGUGUUUGGAUUUCGAAACUCGCAUCGAAAAAGCUACGAUUCUGGUUCUGCAUUUUGAUUGUAUGAGGAUGGGAAAUGACGGAGUGGCUUUAGUCAAGCCCGGCGAUACGGAUGCACUUCCACCCUCGCUGAUUUCGGUGACAACCCCAUCACAGAUCGAUUCGGAUGUUUACGAUCCAGUCACGGAAAUUAAGAAAAAUUAG